AUGUCGAUCAACGAUAGGGAGAUCAUCGGAGAUACUCCUGACUUUAGCGCGCUUGCAGAUGAAGAUGGCAAUGAGAUAAUAAAAGAUUUAACUUCAAGAGUGAACUCCAUCUCCGUUCAAGAGCGAGAGGCUGGUCUUCAUGAUAUCCAUGGUAUCGGUGGCAUCGACGAUAAGAGCACCGGUGAAGAGCAAGUGCUGGUGAAUAAGAUGAGAUUGCUUCUUUCAGAAAGACUUCACUGGAGAUCAUCAUCGGCGUUUCGAAUGGCUGAUGCCGAAUCUUCAGCGUAUACAACGGACAGUAGCUUCCUUCUGAUGUUCCUUCGUUGUGAGAACUACAAUAUUGACGCCGCUACCAACCGCCUUUUUGUGUUCUUCAAACAAAAGCUGCGGCUAUUCGGGCCAAAUAAGAUUGGUAAGAAAAUGAUCACUUUGGCCGAUCUGUCCCCAGAUGACAUGAAGUCGUAUUCUGCUGGUUUCUUCCAGCUCCUUCCCCAUCGGGAUCAUGUGGGGAGAGCGCAAUUCGUAAAUCUGCCUCAUUAUACUACCUGGGAUCAAAGGGAGAACGUGGUAAGUCGGUUUGUGGUCGAAUGGACUGGUUCUGGAAGAACGGCUGAUUCUUACAGUAUUGUUGGUGCGCAUUCGAAGCUGAGAAUGAUAUUUCAUCUAUGUAUGGCGGCCCUGAUGGACGAAGAGACCCAGAAAAAGGGAGCCAUCACCGUAGUACACUCGCUCUUAAGUGAGUCUUCAGAGCCGAGAAAUCCAAAGGGUUACGACCCAGUCCUCAUUUGGGAGAGUAUUCAUAUGCUGCAAAAAGCCAUUCCGCUGAGAUUUGUAGGGACCCACAUUUGUACCGAUCCUUCCUCAUUUAGUGGGAAGUUUUUCUCGUCCAUGGCACGCUUUGUGGGAGAUGCAGGUAUCGUCCGCAUUCGCUUUCACCAAGUAUCAUUCCACGAAGUCAACGAACGUCUCUCCACUUUCGGGAUCAACAGUAUCCUGCUUGCAGUGUCACAGUCUGGUGAAAAGAAGACGGAGAAACAUCGAGAACUGAUGAAAGUGAUCAAAAGUAUAGAGGUAGCUAAGUUGCUGACACCGGAGAAGUUGACUGUAUUGGUGCCGUCAGCAACGGAUGUCUUACUAGGGAGAGGCAAGCCCAUUCAAAACCACGCAGGGAAUAUUCGGCUUGGAUUGAUUGCGGAAUCGCAGUUGGAAGAAUAUGAUGAGAUUGCAAAUCGUCUUGACAAGACAAAGCUAGCGGAGAUAACAAUGGCCAAAAUGAAGAAUGCCGGUGUUCGGUUCCUUUCAAGAGACGACAAUGGGUUUUGGGAAUUGGCAGCCGAACGACUAGCGAGGGAACGAGUGAGCAGCACUUUCCGCACUGUUCGUGACCGACUGAAGGUCAGCAGGCGAAGCACAGAGGAAAAGGCGGAUAGUACUGUUGCCCGAAAACGAUCACUUGAAAAGCUGGAAGAACAGUCUGAUUAG